AUGAUUCACAGAGUGCCCAAGCUAUAUGGCAACCAGCUUGCCAAAUUCAAGUUGGACCCCAGUGUGCCCACACUGGAGCUACUAUCGAGGGUAGGUAUUGUAUCGUAUCCACGUUCCGGACUAGUCAAUUGGUCAAAGACGGGCCUUCUCAUUCAAAGCAAGAUUAGUGCCAUAAUCCGGAAGCACUUGGAUAGUAUACAGUUUGAAGAGUUGGGUUUAUCCUUACUAUCGUACAAAGCAGGGUGGAUAAAGACUGGCAGAUGGAAUCAACCGGAGAUUUUCAAACUACAGAAUGGUAAACAAGAACCAGACUUUCUAGUUGUUCCGACGUGUGAGGAGGAGAUUACACAGUACGCUAGACAGGCAUUGGAUAGUUAUAAGCAAUUGCCACUCAAGUUUUACCAGAUUAAAGAGAAGUUCCGUGAUGAGAAAAGGCCGAGAGGAGGCUUACUUCGGGGAAAGGAAUUUUUAAUGAAGGACGGAUAUUCAUUUGACGUCAACGAGGAGAAAGCAUUAGAGACAUACAGGUCAGUCGUUGGUGCUUAUCACAAGAUUUUUGAGGAGUUGGGAAUUCCAUAUGCCAAAGCACAAGCAGAUAGUGGUGACAUUGGUGGAGAUAUGAGCCACGAAUGGCACUAUUUGAAUGCCACGGGAGAGGAUACAGUGCUUUCUUGCGACUCAUGUGGUCAUGUGUCCAACCAGGAAAAGACAAUAUCGUUUCCCAAAGACAAUGAAUCAGCCACAGGGGGAGAUGUAUCAGUAAGGUACUUCAUCACAAAGGAUAAAUCAACGUUGGUAUGUGCAUACUAUCCCACAGGAAGGACACUUGAGCCGAAAUUUGUACAGCUUGAAGUACCCGACAUAGUGUUGGAUGUUCCGGAGGACAAAGCGUUUACAGAAUUUUCACAAGUUGACGAAUUGUCAAAAAGAGUUGUUCGUGUGAUGGAUGCACGGUUGAAUUCGAGAUCUAAUUUUCCUGAUUUUCCUGUAGAUUUCCACAACAGAUCUAUGAUCACAACGUUGACUGAUGUGCCUAUAGUUCUUGCCGAGGGGGGCGAGAUAUGCGGUGAGUGCGAUAGAGGUACUUUAAGUGAGCAGAAAGCCAUUGAGGUAGGCCACACUUUUUACCUAGGUGAUAAGUACUCAAAGCCAUUGGGGUUAACGGUGGAUGUGCCAGAGGAGGGGAAGGUUGUGAACAAGACGGUAAUGAUGGGAUGUUAUGGUAUAGGUGUUAGCCGAAUUGUUGCGGCGAUUGCAGAGAUCAAUCGUGACAAUGACGGGUUACGCUGGCCACGGAGCCUUGCACCGUGGGAGGUUACAGUUGUUGAAGCGACAAAGAAUGACGGUUUUGGGGAUGUGUAUUCCAAGAUGGAUUUUGACUACAAGCUAGACGACAGAGAUGAAUCCCUUGGACUCAAGAUAAAGCAAUCCAACAUGACGGGUAUACCAAUAGUAGUAAUAUUGGGCAAGAAGCUCCCCAUGGUAGACAUUGAAGUGAGAGGGAAAAGAAGAGACGGACAGCAACAGGAGGGCAGAUACCACGUACAUAUAGACAACUUGUCCCACACUGUAAAUAGUUUAUUAAUAGAUAUGUAG